GGUUGCUUACCCAGAAUUUAGAUUCUCUCUCUCUCUCUCUGUCAAUAAGGAGACACACAGUACAGUGAGUAUCUGCUUUUUUCUCCUAGCCUACUGUCUCUUGUCCCCAUCAAUUUUCCAGUGUCACUAAUCAAACGUUUUUUCAGUUUUACACUUGUUGAUGUAUAUAUACAUUUAGAGAGAGAAAGGAACAAGACAUCAAAAAGUAGUGUGUGAGUGUUUUAGUGUGUGUUUUUAGUGUGUAUAAAAGGAGGAGUUCAAUAGAAAUAUGCAGCAGCAGCACCUGAUGCAGAUGCAGCCCAUGAUGGCAGCCUAUUAUCCAAACAACGUCACUACUGAUCAUAUUCAACAGUUCCUGGAUGAGAACAAAUCACUAAUUCUGAAGAUUGUUGAGAGCCAGAACUCUGGCAAACUAAGUGAAUGUGCAGAGUCCCAAGCUAAACUUCAGAGAAAUCUUAUGUACCUUGCAGCUAUUGCUGAUUCACAGCCCCAACCUCCUACUAUGCAUUCUCAGUUAGCUUCAGGUGGGAUGAUGCAGGCAGGGGCACAUUACCUGAAUCAGCAACAAGCCCAGCAACUAACAACGCAAUCACUUAUGGCUGCAGCAAGAUCCUCCUCAAUGCUCUAUGGACAACAACAGCCAUUAUCAACAUUGCAACAACAGCAAGGUGCCUAUCAUAGCCAGCAACUCGGAAUGGGCAGCUCCGGUGGAGGAAGCAGUGGACUUCACAUGCUGCAAAGCGAAAACACUGAUAAUGCUAACACUGCACUCGGUGUUGGUGGUGGCUUCCCUGACUUUGGCAGAGGAUUAGGCAGUGGAAACAAGCAGGAAAUUGGGAGUUCUAUGUCUGAUCAAGGACGGGGCGGGGGCUCGAGUGGACAUGGUGGUGAUGGAGGUGAGAAUCUCUACUUGAAAGCUUCUGAAGAUGGGAAUUAAGUUUUAUGUUAAGGCAAGAAUUAGAAGGUUUUGUUAUGAAGGAUUUUGUUAUAUAAUGGGACUUGUAAUGUGUUGUGAAACACAAAAGCCUCUUCUACUUUUGAAUUUGUUGGCUAGAA